CAUAGUGAAUGAAAACAGAGGAGGCUAUCUAAACAGAGGUGAAGAAGCUGACACCACAACAGUCACUUUUAAACCGCCUCUUAACCUGGUAUUGUGUGGGACAUAUGAAGUUCUGAAGAGUUCAGCAGCCAAUGCCAUUGUAGGAAAACACCAGUUUGGUAAACCUGCUGCCUCCUCAAAAUGUGUUAAGAAGGAGACACAGGUGUGUGGACGUUUAGUGUCCCUGGUAGAGAUGCCUGCUUUGUAUGGAAAAUCUCCUGAGGCAAUAAAGAGCUGCAAAAAACAAUGUGUUUCUCUCUGGAAUCCCGAAGGUGUCCAUGCCUUUAUCCUGGUCCUUCCUGUGGGACCCCUCAGUGACGAAAACAAGCGAGAGUUAGAGAUCAUCCAGAAUGAAUUUGGAUCUCAGGUCAUCGACUUCACCAUGAUUCUUUUUGCAGUGGAAUCAGAUCCCACAGAUCCAGUUGUUGUCAACUUUGUUAGUGAAAACAGAAACAUCCAGGAGCUCUGUCAGAAGUGUGGAGGACGAAACAUCAUCUUCAACAUCAAAGACAAGCAGCAGGUCUCUGAGGUGUUGCACACUGUGGAGAAGAUGACAGCUAUGGGAUCUAAGUGCUUCACAAGACAAAUGCUUGUUAAGCCUCGAUUGAUUAAACUCAAAGGAAACCCUUCACAGAAGACAGAAUCCUUUGAUAAUCCCAACCACAGCCCAGAUGCUCUCCGGAUAGUGAUGAUUGGGAAGACUGGCUGUGGGAAGAGUGCAACUGGAAACACCAUUUUAGGCCAAAAAUGCUUUUAUUCUAAAACCUGCAUGAAGUCAGUGACAGAGGUUUGCAAAAAAGCAAAAGGAGUGGUCGACGGCCAUCCAGUUGCUGUGGUCGACACACCAGGCUUGUACGACACGACUCUGUCCAACCAUGAAGUCAAACAGGAGCUUGUGAAAUGCAUCAGCUUGUUGUCUCCAGGACCUCACGCGUUCUUACUGGUAGUGCAGAUUGGUCGAUUUACCAAAGAAGAAAAAGACACAGUAGAGCUCAUCAAGGAGUUUUUUGGCAAGAAAUCAGAAGACUUCAUUAUUGUUAUAUUCACCAGAGGAGAUGAUCUUCAAGAUCAAACAAUAGAGAGUUACAUGGAAGAAGUCAGCGAUGACUUUGUUAAAAAACUCAUUGACGACUGUGGAGGAAGAUACCAUGUUUUCAACAACAGAGAUCAAAAUAAUCAUUCACAAGUCGCAGAGCUUUUAGACAAAGUACAAACAAUGGUGAAGAAAAAUGGUGGCAGCUGCUACACUACAGAGAUGUUCCAAGAAGCUGAGGCAGCCAUACAAAAGGAAAUGAAGAGGAUCCUAAAAGAGAAAGAAGCAGAUAUGGAGAAAGAGAUGGAAGAACUUCAAAGGAAACGCGAUGAAGAAAUUCAGGCGAAAAAGAAACAAAUUGAUCAAGAAAGAGCAGAAAAAGAAGAAGUACUGAAGGAGAAGGAAGAACUGAUUAACCAGGAACAAGAGAAGACAAAGAGAGAGGAGGAAAAGAGAGAACAGGAGACCAUAGCAUCAAUAAGAUAUGAAGAAAAACUCCGAAUGCAGUGGGAAGAAAAACUUGAAGCUCUUGAGCAGAAAAUAAAAUCAGAAUGUGAAAAAAAUGUACAUGCUGACAGAAAGCUGAUGGAAAACCGAGAAGAGAUGAAAUUAGAACGCGAAGCUUGGGAAAAAGAACGCAAAGAAUGGUGGGAGAAACGAAAUCAAGAAGACAAACAGAGGAAAGAGGAGGAACAAGCGCUGCUUAUAAAGCUCAAAGAAGAAUAUGAUGAGGAAAGAAAUGAAUAUGAAAGCAAAAUAAAAGAACAAGAUAGACUCAGGAGAGAACAAGAGGAGAGAGACUGGAAAUUAGCGCAGGAUAUCUAUGAGGCAAAAGUCAAGGAAAUGAAGAAGAAAAUUGCAGAAGAAGCCAGAAAGCAAGCAGAAGAAUUCAAUGAGUUCAGACAGAAAUAUUCAGUAGAUUUUGCAGCGUUGAGAGCAAAGCAUGACAGUGAGAUGGAAGACAUGAAGCAAAAACAACAAAAAAGCAACGCCAUCAUACUUAAACAUCUGCUCAUGAAGAGAGAAUACAAGAGAGACUUUGACAGACUGAAGAAAAAACAGGAACAAGAAAUGGAUGAGCUGAAUUACAAUCUUUCUAUAGGAAAUGAGGGCGAGCCAAUUGAAGAAGAUAUCAACCAACUACAGCUAGAACAUGAUAAACAAAUCAAUGACUGGAUAGAAGAAUAUGUACAGAAAGCUGACGGAGAUAAGUCUUGCAGCAUUUUAUGAAACGGGCUCUUUUACCUGAAUGUCAGUUUGAUUUAACUUUGAUAGCUUUUGGUUUUAAAGCUUUUAAUAAACAAAUACUUUUGUUAUAGCUGCAUGAUAGAUGACACUUAUGUAGUUCCAUAUAACAUAAUAUACUCAAAUUAUUACAAAUUGAUUCAUUUGUUCUAAAAUCACUGUCAAUCUUUUUUUUUCCUUUUUCUUUUAUUUACUGCAGAAAAUGUUGCCUGCUAAGUAAAAACAUGAAUGAAUGUAAACUAAUCAUAUAAAUCAUUUAGGUAAAGAUCUCAUUUAAUUUGCAUCAUAUGAUUUUUACUGCAGGAAGUAAUGCAUAUUUUUCCAUUUAAAAACAAUGACUGGUGUCAAUAAUCUCACGAAAAGCACAAAAUGUCUUUGGCUCAGAUGUGUUUGUUAUUUACAGAAAACACUUUAUUGCACUAUAUAACCAUUUUUUGGCACAGCUUGUCUCUUUUUUCAGAAUGAUAAAAAUGUUUCGGUUCCUGAUUGUUUUUUGUUUUUAUAAAAUACUUAUUCCAUCUGAUAAGUAGUCUGUGUAGAGAUAUAUUAAAAUGUAAGCUUCAUAUUUUGGACAAAAACCAGUUGAUGUUCUUAUCGUUAAUUUUGAUGAUCACUUUAUCACCA